CGAUCGGACAGUUCACAUCAUGUGUGAUCCAGUUCAGGAUAAAGCUGAACGACUCACAUAUGAGAUAACGCCUCUAAUACGCGAUGGCUUUGGACUAGGAGGUUUCAGAGUUCGGAUCCUCUCCAUAUGUUUCGGUAAAUAGAGAAAGAUCCAUAAGCCCCAACUUUUUCCAAACUUUUCCAACUUUUUUUAAUUUUCUCCAAGCUUUUCCAAGUGAAUUCUUAUGAUUCCAAGUGAAUUCACAUUCUUUUAUGUCAAUAAUUAUCUUCCCAAGUUGAUUCACAUCUUUCCGAUUGGAACCAUCUUUUUCGAUUGACUUAUUCUCUACGCUUAUAACGGUACAAUUAUCCUGACGCCUCCAAUUGUUCCAAAUAUAGACAGUAACAGCGAAAUAGCAGAGCUAACAAUGGGAUUGACUGCGGAUAAUGCUGUUGCGAAGCUCGUCGAGGUCUCUUCAUUGGCCCACCACCGGGGCCGUCUCAGGGUCGCGGAGAAGAAGCGGGCCGACGACGCUCUGCAGCUUCUCGCUAACGGGAGGCCCCCAGCCGAUGCAAAGGGUGCCAAGCAAAGAAUCAUCUACAUGGAGACGCUGCUGGGUAUACGGAAGGAGUUCGGAGACGUCGGGGUCAUUCUCUGUGCUGCUGGCUUGGGAAUAGGGGCCAUCGCGAACAUGAGAGACAGCGAGCGGGUAUUCCUACGAAGUAAACUGAGGGAAAAGUGGGAUAAACUAAGCCUCGAUAUUUUUCAAACCUAUGCGGACCUGCUAGACCAAGAUACGCCCUUGUCGUCUGUUGCUGGCGAUGUAUAUGAGCUUUCUAUGGAAGACGUCCAGAAAAUAGUCGCCAUGCCAGGUCAAAUCACCGGAAUCAUACGGCUGACCGAACCCUACAACGGUUAUCAAUCGCCUUUUGUCACAAUUCCAUUAUCCAAGGAACUUGCAGAGUCCUUGAUUGUUAACCGCGAAAGAAUCCUCGAAUAAGAACCUUUACUUUCCCUCCUUAGCUAGAACAUACCCAACCUCGAUAUGUCCGGAACCUCUCAACCACAAGUUACGGUUCCAACGAACAACGACAAGAUGACCAGCAAAUUCAGUCCCGACCAUGUCGAUAUAUGUUCUGUCAUCGUCCGUGAUGUGGAUCGCACCUUGGUUAUGUAUAACAUCGACAAUAACCGCAACAGCUGUUGAUGGAGGUUUUAUGCGAGUUCUUCUGGGGAGUGUGGUCCACUCUAUACUUUCGCAACCAUUGUCAUUUAUCUAUACAAGGAGCAUAGAAAAUGAUUAGCAUAACUCGUUUCAACUUGGUUCUGAAGAUGUACCUUCUCAGUAACAACAUUUAAUAGCGAUUCUCGUGGGGUGGGUUCGAGUUUGUACUUGUCUAUCGUGUUUGUCAUAUUUGAAC